AUUUGCCAGCCUUGGUGUGUAUAUGGUGGGGAUGGUGGCCAUAAUCAACAGGUGGUUGCUGCAUGAAGGUAUUCCACAGACCAGAUGCUAUCACUUGGGAUUUUAAGGACGCAUAUAUACAGACUAACACAAUACAUUAGGAGGACUAUGGGCAUAUAGGAAUUCAAAUGAGUGAAGUCGCCUCCUGAAGCACUGGAUCUGUGCAGAUAUAUACAAGUAUUUCAAGGUAUAUUCAUAUUAUGUAAAUGUAGUAUUUUAUAUACUGAAAGACAGACUGGAUGCAGGAUAUUAUUCUGUUACAGAUGGAACAAGGGAUUUAUAAUUUAUAAAUUUACUUGACUGUAUUACAUUAUUAUACAUCACGUUGGACUUGUCUGGACAAUUCAGUCAGCAAGAAUUAUUAACAGUCUAAAGGAUCUGAUGUGCAGCUUUAACUUUAUCAAAGGGGGAGAGAACCUGAUCUGAGGACAGAACGUUCAGAACAUUUGCCAAGCUGACAGCAGACAUGAUGACUGUGCACAGAUAAUGUGGCUGCUGUUGAAAUAACGCUGUCAUGCCGAGUUAAGCACAGUUGAGGACAUUUUCUGGAAAAACUGUUUCAGAAUGACCUAGCUUGUAUUACUGCAGAUAUACAGUUGCAGACAAAAUGUCAUUACGUGGAAAACCAGAAAAAGGAAUUAUCAAUGGCGUUGCUGUCCCAAUGGAGGAUUAUGGGACAAUUUCAACAAAUUCUGGAGAUGAUAAGGUCAACUUUAUCAGGGAAGAUGAAUUGCAGCUUACAAGUGAAGAUGAGCAUACAAUAAAAAGUGAAAGGAUGAUCUCGAGUGACGACGAAGGGCCUGCACCCCAUGAUAACGUUGGAAAGUAUGAUCCCACUCUUGAUAAGGGGAGUUACUUCAGGGAUGGAAAACGAAAAAUAGACUUUGUUCUUGUAUAUGAAGACAAAGUGGAAAAGCCAGAGAAGAAGAAAACUGCCGACCCCGCAGACAAGAAAAGGAAGUUGUCGGAAGAUGAAAGAAAAGAAAUAUGGCGACAAAAAUUCCUGAAAAAUCUUAAAAAAGCUGGUCUGGAUAUGGAAGAGGAAGUUGUUCAGGGAGAAAAGAAGAUGAUUUUCUACAUUAAGCUGUCAGCCCCCUGGGAUGUGCUGUGUGUGUAUGCGGAAGACCUCAGCAUGAGGGCGCCACUGCAGGCACACCCCAACCCCAGCAGUAACUGGUCAGGGAAGAUCCUGGAAACAUUGAGAAUUCCUAACAUCAUGGACCAGGAAGUGCCAAACACCCCUCUGGACUACUACACAUGCACUUUUAAGAGAUCUAAGCUGGAUAGGUUCCUGGGCAAUGAGAAUCAUGACACAUAUUUCUCAUCAACACAAAGGAGUCGCGUGGUUUGGGAAAUUCUCUCGACGUCAGCGUAUGGAAAGAGAAAGAGAGCUGAAAUUGGCAUAGAACGCCUACUGGAAGAGGGAGUCUAUGAGGCAGCAUUCCCAUUGCAUGAUGGACCAUAUGAAAAACCCAAGCAUUACGUAUCAGACGAGUGUCUAAAUCCUCGUCAAAUACUGCAAGAAUACUGGGCGAGGUGGGGCAAGUGGUACAAAUAUCAGCCACUGGACCAUAUACGAGAUUACUUCGGAGAAAAAAUUGGCAUUUACUUUGCUUGGUUGGGUUUUUACACAGCCUGGCUACUGCCAUCUUCCAUAGUUGGACUACUUGUUUUCAUGUAUGGCCUGUUUUCAAUGGGAGCAAACACACCUGCUAAUGAGUUGUGUGACCCAAGCAACGACUUUAUGAUGUGUCCUCGCUGUGACGAGCACAUAGGAUGUCAGUACUGGAACCUGUCAGACGUCUGUCUCUACACCAAGAUAGGCUAUCUCUUUGACCAUCCUGGGACUGUGUUUUAUGCUGUCUUCAUGUCUUUCUGGGCUGUGACAUUUCUGGAAUACUGGAAACGUAAAAAUGCCAGUCUGGCACAUCAUUGGGACUGUCUUGAGUUCGAGGAGGAAGAAGAGCGCCCCCGGCCUCAGUACACCGUACUGUGUCCUACAUAUGAGAAAAAUCCCAUCACUGGAAUCAAAGAGCCCUAUUUUCCCGAGAGGGACAGAUUACCGAGAAUUAUUUCUGGGGCAGCUGCAAUAAUCAUUAUGAUAGUACUAGUGUUGAUAUUCAUCAUAGCAGUCAUCAUGUACCGGGUACUGGUCAGCAUUCCUUUAUUCCAAAGUAAGGCAUUCCGGCCACGAGCUGAGAUGAUAGCCAGUAUGACCUCAGCUGUGGUCAACUUAAUCCUCAUCAUGGUGCUCAGUAAGGUCUAUGAGAAACUGGCGUAUAAACUGACACAGUGGGAAAUGCAUCGGACACAGACUGAGUUUGAGGACCAGUUGACAUUCAAGGUUUUCAUUUUCCAAUUUGUGAACUUCUACUCGUCAAUUUUUUACAUCGGAUUUUUUAAAGGAAGAUUUGUGGGCUAUCCAGGCCACUAUAAUACACUUUUUGGGCUUCGCAAUGAAGAGUGCAAUCAAGCUGGGUGUCUUGUGGAGCUGGCCCAGCAGCUUGGUGUCAUAAUGAUAGGCAAACAAGUGAUCAACAAUGCCCAGGAAAUAUUAGUACCAAAACUGAAAGCAUGGCUGCACCAAAGAAAACUAGGCUCUGGAAAGAAUGUCGAGAAGGCGAGAUGGGAGGAAGAUUACGAACUGAUAGAAAAUGAAGGACUCUUCCAGGAAUACUUAGAAAUGGUGCUGCAGUUUGGUUUCAUCACCAUAUUUGUGGCGGCAUUCCCUCUCGCUCCACUUUUCGCUCUAAUGAACAACUGGAUAGAGAUACGUCUAGAUGCCCAGAAAUUUGUGACAGAAACGAGGCGCCCUGUAGCGGAGAGGGCACAAGAUAUAGGUGUCUGGUUCUCCAUCUUGGAUGGUCUAGCACAGUUGGCUGUAAUUAGUAAUGCUUUCCUCAUAGCUUUCACGUCGGAGUUCCUCCCCAGACUACUAUAUAAAUACCAGUAUAACUGGGACCUUACAGGAUAUACUAACUUCACACUGGCAUUCUCUCCUAAUGGAACCAUGAGACAUGAGUGCAGGUAUAGAGAUUUCCGUGAUAAAGAUGGCAAAUAUACCAUGUUUUUCUGGCACCUAAUAGCUAUACGACUAGCCUUUGUCAUAGUAUUUGAGCAUGUUGUAUUCGGCAUCUGUCGUCUUAUAGACGUUCUAGUACCUGAUGUUCCCGAAGUCUUAGAGCUAAAAAUCAAACGUGAACGCUACUUAGCCAAGCAGGCCCUCGCUGAUACUGAUGCUAUCAUGGUGCUUGCAAGACGAGACGAAGAGGAACCUGAAGAUAAAAAUGGCCAGGACACGUUGCAGGUCCCUCAAGACCCAGUAUAGCAUUACUGAAAAAUAUAAAAUUUGAUUUAACAAUAUGGAGAAGGACCAGAAUCUCACUGUUCAGUGGAUUUUAUAGAGGAUUUUCUGUUGCUUCCGGGAUUGGAAAAGCCCAGGCCAUUUAAUUAGUUCUUACUUGACUAUAUUGUGGUCUCUGUUGAGAUAUUUGUUACUGCAAACAGUGUAAUUGUAUGCAUGAUACAGUGGACAAAGGGAGGGCACAUGCUGCCCCCUCUCCUCCUCUCCCUCAGCUUCAGAGGUCCCUCCUCCCUCCCUGAAAAACAGUAUAACACAGCAUUUUCCCUUCUGUUCCCCCUUUCUCCAUAGCAAAAUGCUGGAUCCACCUGUGUGAUAGCAGGAUUCUUCAGUCAAAAUCUAGGACUAGAGUCACUUUACGUUGAUAUUUCGGUGUCUUUCAAGACACUGUCUUCAAACAUUAAAGAUACAGGUUGUUACCCAAAUAAAGGAAAUGGAAAGACCUCUGAAAUUUUCAGAACAAUUAUACUCAUCUCAGCUGUUGAUUAAAGAAACUUUCAUGAUUGCAAAUGAGAGACUGACAGAUCUUAAUGUGGAAUUCUUUACUUUAUCUUCGUGAUGUCUGGAGUUGUGCUCAAAUCAGUGCUGAAACAGUCUUCAGCAGUCACACUGGAGUCAAAUUAUAUGGGAACAAGUGCAAUCAACAUGAAACUGUGACAUCAUACUGGGACAGUGACAUCACGCUAUCAUAAUGAUGUCAUGCUUAGUGACAUCACACUAUGAUAAUGAUGUCAUGCUUAGACAGUGACAUCAUACUUCGACUGUGGUGUCAUAUUUAGACAGUGCCAUCACAGUGGGACAGUGACAUCCUGCUAGGACAGUGAUGUCACACUCGGCAAUGUGCAGUCCGUAGUUUUAACAACUUGCCAACAUGUGUUAACACACACAUUCAUUUUGUGCUUAUAAAUGUUUGUGAAAAACUGUACAUGUUAAUUGAAGAAAAAAAGACCGCUGAAGUUUGUUUUUAAAAGAACUUACUGCAUUUUGGCCUGUGCUGCAGCCAAGCAAGACUGUAGGUGAAUAAUUUGUAAUCUUCUAACAUUUUGCAAAUUGACUCCAUUUCUGCCAAAGGUUCCGUUAGGCUUUGAGCUUAAGCUUGCUGUCUUUUAAUAUGCUUAUUUAUUGUAGCAGCAUUGAAGAAAUACAUUUGUUUGCAAAACUUUUCAGCUGCCGUAAAGACUAGGAUCUUGGUAAAGGGUAAAUCUUUGUUCUUACACUGUCUGAUUGGCCUAUAGUGGUGGUAAAUAUAUAACACUGUCUUGAUCUAAGAACAUUAUAUGUUAAAAAUUGCCAUUUAUUUCAUAUAAUGAUUGUCAAAUUUAGGUACACAUUUUUCAAAAAAUAUUUUAUUAGUUAGUCAGGGGGCUGAAAAAAAAACUUCAGCUGUAAGAAUACUGAGGUUGCUGUAGUGAAUGGUGGUAUUUUAUAUGUAAGGAUAAUUAUAACCUCUUUUAUUACCUUGUUUAGGUGGCAGAGAUUGGAUUAUGCUGGGCUUGAAAUAAGACCAGACUAAAAUGACUGAAAAGUUUAACUACCCUGAAGGGAAUAGAGUCCCCCCCCCCCCCUAAAAAAAAUCCCCCUCAAGCUGGAGGAGGUUGCCACACCUUUCUAAAAGAUGUAGUUAUGGGUGAAAUUGUGUUUUGUUAUGUUUUUUACAUUUUAAUUCUGAAAUGAAUGUGCAAUUUAAUAUAUUAAGGUAUAAAAACAUAGUACUUUUUACUAUUCAUUUAUUAAAUUUAGAUUUUAGCAGAGACAUUAUAUUCAGAGCUUAAAAUAUGAUGAAUGCCCUUUCCAUGUUUCUUUGUGUGAGAAUAUUUCAGUUGAGAUCCUUUCUAUGGCUAAAAGGAGUCGGGGUAUAUAGUUGUAUUGGCACAGUAAGACUAUCAUGAUACUUGUAAAAAUACCUCGGUUGCCACAACUAUUAAGUUGCAUUAAUUUUUUUUUCAGUUUUUUUUUUUUCAUUGUUAAUGCAUUUCAUCUUGGCAUUUUCUUAA